CAAAUCAUGAAAAAGAUUUAAAAGGGCCGAAAUGAACAUCUAUUUCUGACAUGUUUUAGAAGUAUCGAGCUGUAAGGCUUGGCCUGGCUCGAUUCAGUGGACAGUUGUGGCGGGGUUCUGUGACCCAGCCUCCCUCUCAUGUUACAUGUCCCUAUUUAUAACAUCUCCCACCCCUCCUUCAGUCCCAGCCCAUUGCCCAAAAUCCCGGCCACUGUUAGGAAGCACCUUUCCCUCUCAGCUGGGCCGCAGUCUGCGCUAGACUGUCAACUGAGAUUCAUCUCUCAUCAUCAUAAUCGUCAGCUGCUGCUGCCUGGCAACUCUCGCUCGCGACGUGCAUGGGAUUAUCACACACACACACACUCAUGUGUACUGACGCACUUUUUUCCUUUUCCACUUUUUUUUCCAGGGAGAGAUUGCUUAAAGUGAGAAGCAAAGGAGCGUUUUGGGUUUCUGCUGCUUUUAAUUAAUCUUUUCAUCUCUUGGAAGUUUUGCUGUUGUGGCUUCUGUUUUCGUGAGCGACCGGUUUGGUGCAUGCGAUGGAUCACACGCUGUUCGGCUGUUUGCGCAGCCCUCACGCACCUCCACAGGCCCUGCACCCCGCCUUCGCCCUUCACGGGCGCUCCGAGCACCUCUCCACGUACCCUGACCUCUCCACCUCCUCUCCUUCUACCUGCAUCGUGAGCGGUUACCCAGGUGAGGAUGGGGGACUGUUUGGGGAGCACGGGCACCAGCGAGGGCCACCCAUGUCCCAGCAGCAGCAGCAUCAUCAUCAUCAUCAUCAUCAUCAUCUACCCCAACCGCAGCAGACCGGAUGGCACAUACCGCAGACGGCCAGCGCCUCGCCAGCCAGCGGCCGUCUGGGGCUGGGCAUCUCGGCCCCUGAUUCAGGCUCUUCAGACAUGGGUCCCGGGGGCCCCAGCCUCUGCGCAAGCACCCCGAGCCUCGGCGGAGGGGUGCCCUCGGGGGCCUCUUGUGUUCCCGGAGGGGAUUUCGGACGUCACACGAUGUCGCCAGCCGAGGCAGAGAAAAGGAAUAGCAAACGAAGAAGUGACAGCUCUGAGUCCCAAGAUGGGAAUUACAAAUCGGAUGUGAGCAGCAAGCCAAGGAAGGAGCGGACAGCGUUCACCAAAGAGCAAAUUCGAGAACUGGAGGCAGAAUUCGCCCAUCACAACUAUUUGACCAGACUGAGGCGGUACGAAAUCGCCGUAAACCUGGAUCUCACGGAAAGGCAGGUAAAAGUGUGGUUUCAGAACAGACGGAUGAAGUGGAAGCGAGUUAAAGGAGGCCAACAGGGGGCGGUAGCGAGAGAAAAAGAGCUUGUGAAUGUCAAAAAGGGAACAUUACUUCCAUCUGAGUUUUCGGGAAUUCCUGGACUCCAACAUACACCGGACUCACUUAUCAACAAUGAGGACAGCCACGACAGCGACCAGAGCUCUGAGCACACUCACUUAUGAAGCUUAUCCGGGGUCAUGUUCAG